CUCCCACUGUUUAACAGUGAAGGCUUGCACCGCAAAACCCUAAAUUCUUGAUGCUUUCUUUGAAACCCUAACACCAUGAGAAGAGCUUUCAAUCUAUGCUCUCGCAAUCUCUACCGCUUCUCUCAUCAUCUUAGCAUCAAAGACCCGAUUCAAAUUCGCUCAAGCACCAGCAGUUUGAUCAAUGCUCCCUUUCACGAUGCUCUGGCUUACAAGCUGAGAUUUUCAUCAUCGUCUGGAAAUGAAGAUCUGUCCAGCACCAACAAGCCCGACAUUUCCCCGCAGACUGAUGAAACCAGCUUAACCCAACCAAACAACACUCGGGUUCCACCUGAGAUUGAGGAUGUCAGCAAUAAAGAGCUGAAAGAGAUGCUAUAUGACUACUUCAGCAGUAAUAAUAAAGAUGUUCUCCCCAAUAUCAUCGAGGCCAUUAUGAAGAGGAGAUUAAGCGGAAAGCAUGAUGAUACAGAUGAUGAGAUAAUGGAGGACAUUCGAAUGAGCCGACUAGAGCCCGUGGAUAAUAUUGAUGAUGAAGAGUUUGAGCAUGAUUUUGAGGAAGCUCAUUCGACCGAUGAAGAAAUUGACAAUUUAUAUGAUGCAUCAGAUAUUGUGAAGAAGAGAGUGGCACGUGAUGAAUAUUUCAACAUGGAUGCAAGAAAGUGGGAUGAUAUGAUUAAAGAGGCUAUUUCACAUGGACAUCUCAAGGAUACCAAGGAGUGUGAAGAGUUAUUGGAGGACAUGCUUCACUGGGAUAAGCUUCUCCCUGAUGAAAUUAAAAAGAAGGUGUCUGAAAAGCUCGAUGAGAUAUCUCACAUGGUAGACAAAGGUGAACUUGAAGCUGAAGAAGGCUAUGCGUUGUUCAAGGAGUUUGAGGAUCAAAUGGUUCUAGAAUGUACUGAACUCAUGAAGGAGGAACCCUUGCAAUUAGACGAGCCCACUGUUGCUGAUAAGAAAAAGGAUGUGGACGACCCACCAGGUGAGGGGCCUAUCCUUAGGUGGCACACUAGGGUGGUUUUUGCUCCAGGGGGUGAUGCAUGGCACCCAAAGAACAGGAAGGUGAAAUUGGCUGUUACUGUCAAAGAGCUUGGUCUUUCAAAACAUCAAUUUCGGCGUAUGAGGGAAUUGGUUGGAAAACGUUACCAUCCUGGGAGGGAUGAACUUACCAUCACGAGUGAAAGGUUCGAGGAUCGUGAAGAGAACAAAAAGGAUUGUCUUAGGACUCUAUUAUCCUUGAUUGAGGAGGCUGGAAAAGCUAAUAAAAUGGUAGAGGAUGCGCGUACGGCCUAUGUGAAGAAGAGACUUAAAGCAAAUCCACAAUUCAUGGCGAGGUUGCAUGCAAAGACAGCUAAGAUGAGAGAAUCAGUUCUCUAGCCUUCAUGAUAUUUCUUCAGGGUCCUUCUGGAAUUUCCCGUUGUGUAUGCAUAAUUUUGCUUCUUUGGCGGUCAAUUCACUUACAACAACUUGUGUGGACGUUGUUGAAGGCGCCAUAUAAACCCAAACGGUCUGAGCUAUUUGGAUGCCAGUAAAAGGUCAUAUGCGACUUGCCAAACUUGGGUGUGCAUGAAGACGGUGGGAGAGAUAUGGAGCUUCUUCGUUCGUUCUUUUCACACACGAAAAUCAUAAACAAGUUUUCUGAGUUAUUCUCUAAGGCAUUUGAUGCAAUUCCUUUGUUGCCAAACAAAGAGUGCUUGAUUCAAUGUUUUGUUUGUUUUCUUAUGUAAACCAUUGUUUAGAAUCACUUUUUUUGGUGGAAAGAAUCACUCAGUUUUGAUGUUCAUGUACAAUUGGACAUUUUUCUUCUUUAUCUUCAACAAUGAGAAAAAAAUGCAAUAUAAUCUCAAGGCCCCU